AUGGGCAGCUCAGAUCUUCCUGAAAAUUCCAUCAAAGUCAAAUCCAGGGAGGUCUCAGUACCCAAAUCCUCUGUAGAAGUCUACUAUGGAGGUUCUCCUGUUGCUAUACCAUUUGUAUGGGAAUCCCAACCUGGAACUCCUAAAGUCAAGUUCCAUGAAAACCCACUUCCUCCUCUCAGUCCUCCACCUUCCUUCAAUCUCCAUGCCCCUAGAAAACCAAAAGAACAGAAUUUGAAGCGCACCGUUUCACAGUUUUUCCUUCCCAAGCUGAUGAGGAAAACCAGUCACCCACCAUCUCCUGCUUCUUCAUCAUCAUCAUCACGUUCACCAUUGCGCUCUGUGUCGUCUUCUUCAUUUACUUCUUCAAAUAUGCGAGGGAAAUUAGAAAUGUCGAGCCCAAGAUCACCUUUUGAUUCAAGGAUAAAGAGGGAAGAUGAACGUGGUGAAUCGCCUGUUUCGACUUUGUGCUUUGGGAUUAGUCGUGGGGGUGCAAAUGCUAGGUCCCGUGGCAGCUCUUCAAACAUAAUCAAGGUUCUGCUCAGAUAA